AUGGCAGAUCGUCGCGAUGAAAAGCCUGCAGACUUUCUACUGCCCGAGACAGUUAAAGGAUGGUUUUCGCAUUUGUAUACGCAUCUAAUUUCAGGCAACAUGGCAGAGAUGGCGCGUCUUUAUGACCGUGAAUUUCAUAAUUUGACGAAUAAUUACUUUAAGCAGACUUCAUGGCCUGAACCUAGCGCUAUCAAAUCACUCGUGGAUGACGAUGCCACCUUCUUGAUAUUGUACAAGCAAAUUUACUUUCGUCAUCUCUUUUCGCGUCUUCAGCCUGGAAUGGACAUGAAGGUGGCAUCGUGGGAGACUUACGUGGCAAUAUUUGACGGUGUUCUAGAUGGCACUUUAGAUCUUAAUGUACUCCCUUCUCAGUGGGUAUUUGAUAUUGUCAAUGAAUUUGUAUAUCAGUACCAAUCAUACUGUCAAUUUCGUGCUAAAGUGGCCACGAAAAGCGAGCAGGAAAUCGCCUCAUACUCUGAGAACCUUUAUAUAUGGGAUACAAGCAAGGUGUUUGGCUAUUUGCAUGCUCUAGUACGUCAUUCUAAGAUUGUGGAGAUUCUUAAAGAAGAGGAGGGUGUUCAGGCGACGUCUGAGGUCGUUAAGGAACUAGGAUACUUCAGCCUUAUCACGUUGGCCCGCGCUCACGUCCUUUUCGGAGAUUACUACACGUCGCUGAAGCUGCUUGAACCCAUUGAUUUAUUCAACAAAAGCUCUCGUGGCGAAGCCAAGACCACGGCCCAGAUUCACGAAAAAUCUCCUGGGUGCCAUGUUUCUGUGUUUUACCACAUGGGUUUUGCACAGCUCAUGCUUGAGGACUUUGCUGCUGCGAUUCGCUCAUUCUCGACCAUUAUUUUGCAGGUGAAUCGUAAUCGUAAUUACUACUCGCGUUUUGCUGACUACGAGCAGCUGCACAAGCUUAUGGAGAAAGCAAUGGCUUUACUGGCCAUUGCACUCUUCUUGUGUCCUGGUCACCGUGUAAACGACCAGAUUCACUCGUUGAUUCGCGAAAAGUAUGGUGACAAGCAGAGUAAACUUCAAAAGGGUGACAUCUCAGCUUUGACUGAGCUUUUCGGAUUUUCGUGCCCAAAAUUUAUUUUGCCUGCUGUAGCAACGAAGGGUGAAGCUCCAAUCAAUCGCAGUUCUGAAGCUUCACAACGACAACAAAAAGCUUUCAACGAUAUGGUCAUCCGCCAGCAGCACAUUCCAGCUGUGCGCUCUUACAUUAAAUUGUAUCGCUCUAUUGACUUGAAAAAGCUUGCUGCUUUCCGAGGCGUGGAUGUAGAGCAGGCACGCGCCGAAUUGAUGGCCCUUAAGGUUAGCGGCUCGCGUCUCAAAUUAGACGUGCACUUUUAUUUGAACAACGAUCUGGUUCUCAUCGAUGAAGAGGUGAGCAACCAGCGCACAGGCGAGUUCUUCAUCAAUCAUAUUCACAAGUUCGCACGCAUUGUUGACGAGUGCGCCGUGAACCAGUAA